AUGAGCAGCACGAGGAGUGUGAGCAUGAGCAAUAUCCAGAAGAAAUCAGCGGCAGAACAUCUCUUAUUCUUCGGUCCCAUAGCAAAAAGCAAUUGGACUCUGGCUGCUGAAAAAGGAGCUCUUAAAGUCGAAGCGUAUCUUGAUGCACGGCCUCUCCUUCAUAUGCUACAAGGGAGAAGAGUCAAGGACUUCCUCCUUGCAGAUGAUGCACUAAGCAUGGAAGAAAACGUUGGGACAAAAUGA